AUGGAUCAUAGCAAGCAGGCGGUGUGGAAGUCGAACGGCGGCACGGCGCCGCGGAAACAGCUGGCCGGGAAGGGAGCCCGCAAGAGCCCACCGGCCACCAGCGGUGUGAUGAAGCCGUACCGCUAUCGGCCCGGCUCGGUGGCGCUGCGCGAGAUUCGCCGCUACCAGAAAUCCAGCGACCUGCUGGUCCGCAAACUGCCGUUCCAGCGGCUGAUGCGAGAGGUCGCGCAGGGUUUCAAGACAGACCUGCGCUUUCAGAUGUCGGCCAUGAUGGCGCUCCAGGAGGCCUGCGAGUCCUACUUGGUGGGGCUGUUUGCGGACGCCAAGCGUGUCACCAUCAGGCCCAAAGACAUGCAGCUGGCGCGCCGCCUCCGCGGGACGCGUUUCUAG